UAGAUACCGUAUGCUUCAGCAACUUCACGACCCGGUCACGUGGCGGUCCUCGAGUCGGGAUCGGGAUCUCCUCCGUCGUGCCGUACCACCGCGCAAGAAAAUCCUCCGCCAUCAUCCUAUCUCCGCGACCUUCCUCCUCCAUAAUACCCUCCUCACCAACAAUUCGAACCAUGACCCGCUCACAAUCCCUCCUCACCCUCUCCCGGAGGUACCUCACCACCGCGGCCAGACCAACAACAACGACGGCAGCAGCAGGAACAGCACCCAGCAAAUUAGCCUCCCACUUCCCAACCCAUCCCCAACCACGCCUCCAACACCUCCGACACCACUGCCCCUACACCUCGAGAACUACCCGCCCAACCAUCCGCACCUACCACUCCGCGCACCACCCCGCCCCGCUCCAUGAAUACUCCAACUCCCAAACAACCAUCCUCUCCGCGUCGCUGCGCCAUGUCCCGACGCACGGCUUCUCGCGCGACGCACUGACACUCGGCGCGCGAGACGCCGGGUUCCUCGACGUUUCUGUGCAGCUGUUCCCGCGCGGAGAAUUCGAUCUGAUUCUGUUCUGGCUGGCGAGUCGUCGGGGGCUUCUCCGGUCCAGGGUGGAGAAUGACGCUUUGUUGCAGGCUCAGGACGGCGGUGCUCCCCUCUCCGUGGACGAGAAAAUCAAGGUCUUGAUUAUGGAGAGGCUGCGCAUGAAUGAGGAGGUUAGGGAUAAGUGGCAGGAUGCUCUGGCUGUCAUGUCUCUCGGCGAGAAUGUCCCCCUCUCGCUGUCGGAGUUGCAUUCUCUGCUGGACGAUAUUCUCACGCUUGCGGGGGAUGUCUCGGUCGAUGCGUCGUGGUAUUCGAAGCGGUUUGCCCUUGCGGCUGUUUAUACUUCCUCCGAGUUUGUGAUGACCCGGGACUCGAGUGCCAAUCUACGCGACACGGAGGAGUUCCUGACCCGGCGGUUGGCGGAUUCCAAGGCUAUUGGGGAGAAGAUUACGGGCGUGAGGCAGUGUCUGGGGUUUAUGGGGUCAACUGCCGUGGGUUUGGGACGGAGUUGGGGGUUGAAGAUCUAA